AUGACUAAAUUCGAUGUAGUACAACUGUGGGGUAAUGAUGUAGUAGGGUGGGAGUUUGUGGAAGCGGAAGGAGCGUCGGGAGGCCUGUUGUUGAUGUGGGAUGCAACGGUGUUUAAAUUAAGCAACUGUUAUAAAGGGGCUAGGUGGUUAUGUGUGGAUGGAAUGCUGUUAAAGAAUAAUUUUCGGUGUGCGUUCUGUAUAGUAUAUGGUGAGCAUGUUAGGGAGGACAAGCUUGUUGUAUGGGAAGAGUUGAGCUUUUUGGCUGGUUUAUGUCAAGUUCCUUUCUGUUUUAUGGGGGAUUUCAAUGAGAUUGUUCAGGUGGAAGAGAUGCAAGGGGCUAUUUCGUUGCCGAGGUCUGCAACAGAGUUUAAAGCUUGGAUUCACGAUAUGGAGCUAGUAGACCUAAGUUUAACUGAUUGUAGGUUCACUUGGUUCAGAGGCCAGUCAUGUAGUCGUAUUGAUAGAGUACUGGUUAGUUUGGAGUGGUUAGAAGAGUUUCCUGAAACAAGAUUAAGAGGAGGUCCAAGAGGAUUGUCAGACCAUUGUCCUCUGAUUAUAAAUGUCACAAGAUGGCAUAGAGAGCAUUUUGGAGAUGUGGAUAUGAGGAUUAAUAAGUUUGAAGAGGAGAUCAGGAAAGUGGAUGACUUGGUGAGCAAUGGAGUGUGUGAUGGAACUUCGGAAGCGAGAAAAAAGGCACUAGUAAGCUUCUGUAAAAAAUGGUAUAUCAGGAAGGAAGUACAUUGGAAGCAGAUGUCACGGUCCAAGCAUGCUAAGGAGAUGGAUAAAAACACUAGAUACUUCCACAAUCUAGCAUUGGCUCAUAGGAGGAACAAUCGGAUCGAUGCCUUAAGGAUCCAUGGACGAUUAGAGCCAUCACCAAAUAUAGGAUUUUGGGAAGGUCUGGUACGGCAAAUAACUGAGGAGGAGGCAACAGAGCUGGAGUUGAUGCCGAGUGCUGAAGAAAUAAAGGCUGCAGUGUGGGAUUGUGAGUCAGCAAAAGCACCAGGAAGCGAUGGGUAUAACAUGAAUUUUAUAAAGAAGUGCUGGGAAGAAGUUGGGAGGAAGUUCAUGGAAGCAGUGAUGGGGUUCUUCUAA